CCUUCCGCACGAACACAACCCCGCGCGAACUGUCGGGAGUCAACUCAUCCCCGUCCGCUCUUCCUCAAACUCUCUCUCUCCGUCUCUCUCUCUCCAUCUCCUCCGUCCUCCCUCUCCGCCCGCAUAAACCCAAAAAAUGGACUCCGACGUCGUCCGCGUCCGUCACGUAGAAGAAGAAGAAGACGACGACGAAGACGAAGAAAAUCGCUCUCCUCUCCUCUCCUCUCCCCCUCCUCCCCCCUCUCCUCCUCCUCCCUCUCCUCCUCCUCUUCCUCCUUUACCGGAGCUCGACGAGAUCCAUCCAUGGCGGCCACUCUCCGAUCCCCUCCUCUCCCCUCCGCCUCCUCCUCCUCCGCUGAAGCCCCCCUCCUCCGCCGCCGAAUCCGCCCCGUCCCCGCGCCUCGCCUCCCUCGACGUUUUCCGUGGCCUCACCGUCGCGCUGAUGAUCCUGGUGGACGACGCCGGGGGAGCGUUCCCGGCGAUUAACCACGCGCCGUGGUUCGGCGUCACGCUCGCCGACUUCGUGAUGCCCUUCUUUCUCUUCAUCAUCGGCGUGUCGGUCGCGCUUGUGUUUAAGAAAUCUUCAAAUAAAGCAGCCGCUACGAAAAAGGUCAUAAUGAGGACAAUUAAGCUCUUUGUCUUGGGUGUAAUUUUGCAAGGUGGAUACUUUCAUGGCCGUAAUAACUUAACCUACGGGGUCGAUUUAGACCGUAUUCGGUGGCUAGGUGUAUUACAGAGGAUAUCCAUUGGAUAUUUUUUAGCAGCAAUGUCAGAGAUUUGGCUCAUCAGUGACAUCACAGUGGAUUCUCCUGCAUCAUUUGUGAGGAAAUACUACACUGAAUGGAUCGCCACCAUACUACUUUCUGCACUAUAUGUUGGCUUGCUUUUUGGUCUCUAUGUUCCUAGCUGGGAGUUUGAACUUUCAAGCAGAAAUUCUACCUCUUCAAGCCCAAAUUAUCAGAUCAGCAUUGAAACAGUCCAAUGUGGAGUGAGAGGUAGCCUGGGACCUCCUUGCAAUGUUGUUGGAUUGGUAGAUCGACUUUUUCUUGGUGAAAACCACCUUUACCAGCGCCCAGUUUAUAAAAGGACUAAGGAAUGCAGUGUGAACUCCCCUGAUUAUGGUCCCCUCCCACCAAAUUCACCUAAUUGGUGCUUGGCUCCAUUUGAUCCUGAGGGUCUAUUAAGUACUCUAAUGGCAGCAGUGACAUGCUUUGUUGGCUUGCAUUUUGGGCAUAUAAUCGUGCACUUUAAGAACAAUGGCCAGAGAAUGAUUCUAUGGUCCUUAACUUCCUUGGCACUUCUUGUUUGUGGAUUCAUAGUAUGGUUGUCAGGUAUGCCUUUCAGCAAGCCAUUGUACACUAUGAGCUACAUGUUUCUUACAGCAGGCGUAUCUGGCUUUCUCCUCACUCUGAUGUAUUAUGUGGUUGAUGUCACUGGGUUCAGGAAACCAUUUGUUCUGUUCCAAUGGAUGGGCAUGAAUGCGCUUAUUGUGUAUGUUUUGGCUGCUUGCAGGCUGUUUACGAUAUUUUUACAAGGAUUUUAUUGGCGCUCACCUAAAUAUAACCUGGUUAACGCGACAGAGUAUCUACUCCAAACCAACUUCCAUUCCGAAAGGUGGGGAACACUUGGAUUUGUUCUGUUGGAAAUCUUAUUCUGGUGUCUUGCAUCAGGGCUCUUGCACAUGAAAAGGGAUUUAAAUCAAAAUAUCACUUUGGGCUUCGAAGAUCGGCGGCAAAUGAUCCAAAUUCAUCCGCAAAACAAGGUAGUGGAGGACGGCGACAACACGAAAGAUUCUUCUCUUGUUUUUCCAGAAAGGAAGAAGAAAGAAAGAAAAGAUCGGCCCCGCAGCCGACCCUUCAGCAUAACACUUUCUUAUCUUGCAAGAUGUGCAAAGGAUACCCUCUCUCUUGCCCUUUCGGCACAUGCUGGGAGAACACCUCCAAGAGAUGGAGGGCGAAAAACCCGCCGCCAAUGGGUGCCAGAACGAUCAGAAGGCGGCCAACAAGGAGCGGACGCGGCCUUUUGCCGGUGCGGUGGCGCACAGGGCUGUGUACGGGUCGAACCGGUGGGGGUACGGCGGUCGGAAGGUGGGCGGGAAAGAGGGAAAGCAGGGGCCGAGCAGGUUGAGCAAGAUGUCUUCUUCUUCUCCUCCUGCUGAUAACUCACAGCAAGCUCAUUUCAGUGUCAACUGAAAAUACUAGUAAUGGUAGUAACCUUUCUUUGCACUAGAAUUUAGUUAUGGAUGUUGUCACUUGGUUAGUGUAAAUUGUAAUGUGUUGAGAUUGUAAAUUAAUUGAAUAUGCUUAUGAGAGUU